AUGACGCUUUGCGGGCUACUCGGGAGUGGUGCAGAAGGAGGACCAUUAUCCUCUCGCAGAGGUGGCAGAACAGCACGCAAGGUGCUUGUGCUCGGAGAUGGAGCAUGCGGUAAGACGAGUCUCCUCUUUGUCCUCAUCAAGCACGAGUUUCCACAAGCAUACGAACCAACAGUGUUUGAAAACUACGUCCACAUCAUGCGGCCUUCGCCGGGAGGGCCCGAGGUCGAAUUGACACUGUGGGAUACCGCAGGACAGGAAGAGUUCGACAAGCUUCGCAGCUUGUCGUAUGCUGACACCCACGUCAUUGUCCUCUGUUUCUCUACGGACAAUCCUGUCAGCCUUGAGAAUGUCGAGUCUCGCUGGCUGCCCGAGAUCCGUGAUCAUUGUCCAGGCGUCAAAGUCAUUCUUGUGGCUCUCAAAUGCGAUCUGCGUGACGCACCGGAGAUCGCAGAGAAACGCCUUGCAGGUGCGCCGCUCCCUUUGACGUACAAUCACGGCGUCGCUGUCGCCAAACGCAUCAAAGCAUCAAGAUACCUCGAAUGCUCAGCAAAGAUGAACCUCGGCGUCGACCAAGCCUUUGUCGAGAUCGCAAAUGUUGCAAUUGGCAGUAGAGCAAAGGGUAAAGACUCAAGCAACACAGGCUGCAUCAUCGCAUGA